CGUCGGCGAGUGAAAUGAUGUGAUUCUUUAAUACAGGACUACUGCAGUACAAUAUAGUGUGUGUGUAUAUAUCUUCUCUCCUGCUCUUCUAAGGCUCCUCUGGUCCUUUCUCUUUUACUAAACGACUACUGAAAACUCUUAGAUUCUCUUCAUUUCUCUCUCUCUCCGUCCACUCCCCCUCUCCUCCUCUCCCUCGACUACAAUUCACUGAACAACGUGGAGUAUUAUAAGAACCAAAGGCGCCAUCAUUCUAAGACCAGCUAAGCCCAGAGCUCGUUUACAACCUACAACUGAUACAACAGCAACUCAACACUCACUCUAAACCUUUCCAAGCUUCACAAACUCACCUCAACCUCCGUCUCUCAGUCUUCAAGAAGAUCCCCCUCUCCCACAAUAGCUAUAACUCUAACUUCAUUUACUAAAGAUAAUAAUCAUUCAUCAUACACUAGUAAUACACUAAUGCCUUUAAUCAUGUCUUCUGAAUCAAUCCCACCUCCUGAUGGUCCCCUACCCCCUCCCUCCUCCAAACGCUAUCGAGGAGAAAGAACCUUCUCCGAACUAUUAGCGGAAUACCCUGGAGAACUCGUAACGACCGAUAGUCCUAACUUUGUAUGUACUAUCCUUCCGUCCCACUGGAGAUGUAAUAAGACCUUGCCCGUACCGUUUAAAGUACUAUCGCUCUCCGAUAUCACUGAUGGUACCAAGGUGAUACUAACAGCUGGUAAUGAUGAGAACUCAGCCGCUGAGCUUAGGAACGCCAUAGCAACUUUUAAGAACCAAGUGGCUCGGUUUAAUGAUCUUCGCUUUGUCGGUCGAUCGGGAAGAGGUAAAAUGCUGACAGUAACAAUCACCAUAGUAACAGAGCCGGUACAAUACGCUACUUACUCUCACGCAAUUAAAGUGACAGUGGAUGGACCAAGAGAACCAAGACGUAACAGAGCCUCUACUAGAUCAGAUGAUCAUCCUUACCUAAGGCCUAAUCCAUUUAUGGGUCAUUUGUCACCAGCUGGAGCGGGUCAGGUCCCUCCAUUAAUUAAAGACACAAGGUGUCCUCCAUCUGGCAGUAUAGACCUUGAAGGUGCCAUGGCAACCGAUCCUUCUUGUAGACCACCUAGUAUGUCUGAUGUCUUCCCAGCUGCUUUUCAAACUAACGCUGACGUACCCCUUCCUGCCUGGCCUCCAUCAUCUCCUCACAUACCAGGUAUAAGGUCUCCGGUGUGGCAGUAUCCUGGUGUCAUUACCAGUCAGUCCCUCAUUCCCUCUCAAUUGGAUACCUCAAGUACCAACUCAGUCCCCCAAACCAGUGCCGAUAGUUUAAGCAAUGGUAGCUCGACUCCGCCCAACGUCACUCAGAACGGUGACCAUGCCCAGAUUAAUAACAGCACCGGGAAUGUUAACGACUCCAAAUUCCUAUUCCCGUCAGGCAGUGCCAUCCCUCUUUCCCCUGGACUGUUCAAUGCUCAGUCGUUCUUUAAUCCUGGAGGAAGUAACAAUAUCCCUAUAACACCAACGCUACUAGCUCCUUCUGUCUCCUUCUCAGAAUCCUACAUUAGACCAGGUCAAAUCUACUCUCCUUUCUCGUUCACGCCCCAUGGCAGUCUCCAUGGCAACCUCCCCCGUACCCCCACCCUCCCCCCUCCUUCCCCUCAUGCCAUUGUUAGUUGCUCUUCUUUCCCUGCUCUAACGGCCAUUGCCCACCCCUCCUUCUCCACUAGUAGUCUUCAAUUUCAAAAAGGUGGUUCCUUCCUUGACGACAUUACUAAGAUUGGCUCCAUAUCUCCAUUCAUAGUCUCUCCAUCUCUCUCUCCUAAUCGACGUCCAAAUGGCACCACAAUAUUCUUUCCGACGACCAUCACAGCUCAAGGUGAAGCUAAGUUCGCUACCAUAGGAGAGGUGGGUAUGGCCGGGUCUGUGGGCGGAGUCGAGAGGUUAUCUGGUACGCCAGACGAUGGUAGCAUCCAUUCUACCGAUUCACCGUUGAUCAAGAGAGAAGUGUCGUCACCACAACAUUGUUACAUAGACCAGGAGGCAGCCUAAGGAGGAGGAGAAAUAAUAAUAAUAAUAAUAAUAAUAAUGACAAUAAUUUAAUGAUUAUAAAAUUACAAUUCUUUCUCUUCAUUCAUUUCAUAUUCUGACUGGCACCACAACCCCACACAAUCACUCUCCAUCCUACCACCACUCACAGGAUAAUUUCAUGUCUCUGCUUCCCCUCUCUCCCUCCCUCCCUCUCUCUCUUAUAAAGUCACUUGUUAUCAUUAUUAUUAUUAUUAUUGUUGUUGUUGUUGUUAUUUUUUCAUUCAAACUUUCUUUCUACAAU